CCUGGCUAUAAGUAGGGGGAGUCGCAGAUCUGGAAAAGGUCUGGACUCGUCGUUUCGGUUUUAGACCCUUUCAAACGACUUUCAUCUCUCUCGCUCUCUCCAGAAAAUGACGACUUCAAGGCGCCUUGCUGACAGAAAAAUUGCAAAGUUUCAGAAAAAUAUCACCAAGAGGGGAUCUGUUCCUGAAACAACAGUAAAGAAAGGAAAUGACUACCCUGUUGGGCCGAUUGUGCUGGGGUUCUUUGUUUUUGUCGUCAUCGGAUCAUCCCUGUUUCAGAUAAUUAGGACAGCCACAAGUGGUGGGAUGGCCUGAGGCGCAUGGCUGUGAGCAAAAGCUUUCUACUGGGAAGCAAGUAAUGUUCGAUUCUACACCCCCUCCCAGCUUGACUUGGUCACUGAAUAUGUUAGAGAGAGAGAGAGAAAGAGAGAGGAUGACUUAGGUAUGUUUCAAUUACACUAAGAAAACGAAUAAGUGGUAUUUUCCACAGGAAUCUAGAUCCUGCUAUUGCUAUUUGCCUACCA